CAGCUGCAGAGUCACAGGUAUUACCCAGUACCGGGCCCAGCAGUUUCCAAACAGGUCAAGACCAUGGCAGUCCUUAGCUCCACGCUGCUGCCACUCAGGCUGUUUCUAUGCUUCGGACUGUUGUGUUCUUCGGCCAGCUCUGCAGAUGACAUUGACAGCUGCAUGCUCUUCAGUGAGGUCACCACCACUGGCCAAGGCAUCAUGGCCAAUUCAGAUGUCUACGAAAGCAACACAAACUACACAGUGUGGGUUCCUGUGAAUGCCAACAUCACCUCUGUGGUCCUGCGAGCAGUGGAUGAGAACAACAACUCACUAGGCCUCUGGGAAAAAGUAGAUGAGCUUUGCAACAACAGUGUCCUGUAUCACCUGGAGAACCCGAGUGACGAGCUCUUCACAGCAAGCUGGGUAUCUCCUAACUCCACGAACAUAACCACAAUCACGCUACAAGCCUUCGCUAUUAAUUUCUAUGAUGUGGCUACAUUUUCUUCUCUGCAACUAGAAAGAAAAGGCACAACCACCUCCCAGAUUUCAACAACCAGGACAACCUCACAUCCAACCCCAACAACAAAACAUAUCUCCACAACAACCCCACACUCAACCCCGAUAACAAAACACAUCUCCACAACCACGACAACCCUACAAUCAACUCCAACAACAGAACACAUCUCCACAACCAAGACAACCCCACACCCGAUCCCAAGAACAACCAACUUGGCCAACAGAACCUUCCUCUGCCCCAUCACAAGUGCCAUUCAGAUCCUCCUAGUCUUUCUCACCAGCAAACUCCUCUCCUAGAAGGAAGCUAGGAGAAUAAUUGGUCCUGCGCCCACUGCAUCCUCCUACGUUCAGUCUCAAGCCAGUGCUCUGAUAGGUGUGCAAAUGAAGACUCUACAUUCUCAAAUGUACAACUCUACUGCCACUGCUUUGGACCAAAACAGAGACCUGGAGGUCACUUGGUGGAGAGGGUAGCUAGUCCACUCACUGGUGGACUCAGGGCACACAGAUGUUCAACUGGAUCUCUCAGAACAUUAAUUAGGCUUUUUGUUAACUACUUAGACCUGGUCUGGGUGUAACCCAGAAUUCCGACUCUCGGUAUCACAAGCUGACAGCCAAUUCCAUGGUCAGUGUAAACUUUUGUUCACUGUCAAAUAUUCCUCUACACCUGAGUCUCUGAGGGAUAAAAAAAAAAAAAAAAACCUUUCUUCACUUUCAAGAUGACCUCAGAUUUCUGACCAACCCCACUCAGGCUACACAGACCUUCUGUGUCUCAUGUCACCCAACAAGGGAAGGAAAAAUGAUUAGCCUUGAUUAGCCUUGAUGUUAUUGGUCAUACCAGUAGUAUGUGAAGGGCUAGAAAACAGGAAUGUACCAUGUCUGAGCAACCAACCAUAGGGAAAUAUUAUGGUAUAAAUAGAUUAUUUCCUAUGGCGUACCAAAUAAGCUAUACUUCAAACAAGAAUAAUGAAUGUGUUAAAUUCAAGUAUGUCUUUAAUGAGUGAUUACUCUAACUUAAAGUACAACCUGGUGUCUAAUUUUAUUCAUGUAUGUGAACAUUUAAAAAAAAUUAAAAGAAUGGUGGGAGUGUAUAUUUUCAAAGCCAGAUCUAAGGGUAGAGUUUUACCAAUUUUACUUUCCCUCAGUAUAAACUGGUCAUUUUUCCCCUAAUGGUAAUUCCCACUAAGAAAUGGGCAAAAUAUUUAGAGCACUCAUAAUACAAUGUAAAACUAACAGAAGUGUGAGAUUUCCAGUAAUAUCCUGGUAAUAGGCAACAGUUUUAUUUUAAUAAUUAUGCUGAAUUCCAGGAUGCCAACAUCCAGGAACGAGUCUUCUUUGGGGGCAGGUUCUGUCAACUUCUUCUUCUUCCCUGUGAAUAGGUCACACUUUCCUACGUGCGGGUCUUUAAUUUUUGUUAAGAACUGGACGUGUUAAAGGUUAUAACAUGGUGGUUCUGGCAAUCGGGCUCAGCCUCCUCUCCAGGACAUGCUGCUGCUUGUUGCUUGACUUUUCUCAACUAUUUCGUGCAGACUGCAUUCCUUGUUGAGUGUGGUCAUUGACAUCGCUUUUCUGUUAUCUCAGUAGCAAGCCUGACAGAUUUUCUUAAAUUUCAAAAUUUAGCAGCUUCUUUCCUCAUUAAGCAUUCCUCUAAUAGCUGGAAGUUUUCUUUUCUUAGAUCCUAGACUGCUGAGAAAGUUCACUCUGACAGUCUUUACCAGCUUAAAGGUUGCUGCGGUGGAGUGACAGAUUCCUGGAGCGCCUCAUCCUGCCAUUUUCUAUGACAUCAUUUGGUAGCUGUUAUUAGUACUGCCAGGCACUGUGCUAAGCGCUUUGAGUGCAUCAUCCCAUUUAAUCGUCAGGACAAUCCUAGAAGAUAUAGCUGUUUUACAGAUGAGGACACUCAGGCAGAGACAGAGAAAUCAUUUGUCCAGAGUUGCUCAGUAAGUGGUGAGGCUGGGUUGUGACCACUUCAGAGCCUGCAGCAUUAACCAGGAUACCUGAAGGGCCCCCUGCGUGGCUUCUGCAUCCCCCAGCACCCCCCAGGAAAACCUGCCCCCCAGGGUCCUAUGAUAAGGACAGGGUACAGGUGUUACUCAUGGACACAAGCUCCAGCAGUGCUCCUCCACACCCACUCCCUGCUGCCACCUCUGAGAUAAGCUGCAGUGAGCCCUGACCCAAAAGCAAGGGACAAGCUUCAUAUUUAUCCAUCAUGGCUCAGCCUGGCUACAUCUCAGGUUCAGUGUAGAAGUUGGGACAACUAUUGGGGCCUCAGUAAAAACACUCUCAAGCUGGAAACUUUGAGACUCAAAGAAAUCUGGGGAGCUGAAUGCAGACAAUGCAGCACAGAGGCAGUUACACAAGGCCAUUGGAUUCACAGGCGGGGAACAUGUGAAGUUCCAGCUCUCCUGCUCAGAAAGAAGGGGGACCUUCUGCUCCGGUUUCUCAUCUGUUCCAUACAGG